ACAAAAAUUCAUUUUUCAGGCAGUAUUUUUUUAGUUCAUUAAAAAUUCUUAAAAUUGAAAUUUCAAAAUUGGAAGUUUCAUGCGAAAAGUUUAUUUUUGAAAGCGACGUUAGUUACAAAAAAUCUGGAGGUAUAGUUUCAAUUAUAUUCAACAUAACGUGAAUACAACUAAAAAGUAACAAAUUUUAUAAUUAUUGAAAUGGAUGUGCUAGCUACAUUAUUGAAUUGCAUACAAUUUGCUGCUAUUAAACAUAAAGAUCAAAGACGUCUUGAUUCUACAAAAACCCCAUAUAUUAAUCAUCCAAUUAGAGUUGCAACAAUUCUUGCAGUUGAAGGAAGUAUUAAUGAUCCCGUUGUACUCAUGGCAGCAAUUUUGCAUGAUACUGUAGAAGAUACAGCUACAACAUUUGUAGAAAUUGAAGAAAAUUUUGGAAAGGAAGUGUGCGAUAUAGUAAAGGAAGUUACCGAUGAUAAAAGUUUAGAAAAGCAAGAACGUAAAAGAUUACAAAUUGUAAAUGCUAAAAAAUCUACCCAUAAAGCAAAAUUAGUAAAAUUAGCUGAUAAACUAGAUAACUUAAGAGAUUUGAAAGAAUGUUUACCAGAAGGUUGGACUGAGGAACGUCGAAAUCAAUAUUUUGUUUGGGCCAAGCAAGUUGUUGAUAAUUUAAGAGGAACAAAUGAAUAUAUUGAAAAAUUUCUAGAUGAUAUUUUUUAUGAAAGAGGACUUCAAUUAAUGAAAAGUGAAUUUUAAUAAAGAGAAGAAAAUACA